GACUUGCCAUAUAAGCAUGAUCCCUCUCCCAGGGUGCAGCCCAUUCAGCUGCGGUCACCAUCUCAGAGCCACCUCUGCAUCACAGCCAUGUCCACCAUGAGGAUCGCUAGGGAGCUCCUUGUGCUCUGUGCAGUGAUCCAUUUCUGCAGCAGCUCUGAAGUUACCAGUCUGCCUGUAACAAAGGUGGACUGCAGCAUUUACAAGAAGUAUCCUGUAGUGGCCAUUCCCUGCCCCAUCACAUACCUGCCAGUUUGUGGUUCUGACUACAUCACCUACGGGAAUGAAUGUCACCUGUGUACUGAGACCUUGAAAAGCAAUGGAAAAGUUCAAUUUCUUCAUGAAGGAACAUGCUAAUUUCUCAAUGGAUGUGGGUAGAGAAAAAUGACGUAUGUAUCAUCAGCAGCAUCAUCCUUGGGCUCUGACUUAUGUUCAUCUUCACUGAAUAUCUGAGUGGAAGCAGAGCCAGGUUCAGAGUGAACUUUAUUGAGUGGAGAAAGCAGCUGUGCUCAUCUCACAAACUCAGAAUGAUUUUUAAAAUACCUCAAUAAAAAAAUCUCCCUCCAGAUGCUUAUCCUUCCCUCUGUUUAUAUUUGUUUCUCCAACCUCAAGGUAAUAUCUCAGUUAAUAAAGAAAAUUGAGGAACACACAAGUCUUGUU